CGCGGCGAGGGUCGGCGGCGCCCAUUGGCCGGCGGGGGCCUGGGCGGGCUGUGCCGCGGCCCGUGAUUGGCGGAUCGAUCGUCGGUCCGGUGAUGCGCCGCCAAGUGAACGGGUACGCGGAGCGUCGGGGCGGGGGCGUGCGGGGCCGCGGGGGCGGCGGCCGCGGCAGGGGCGGCCGUGGCGGCGGCGUCCACAAGCCGCCGCCGCUCAUGUCACGGCCCCUCCCCCCUCCACCAGGCAUGAGGCGGCCCCCCAGCAUGGGACCCCCACGAGGCCCAAUGGGACCGCCGCCCCCCAUGGGCAUGGGGCCACCCCCAGGCCGCAUGCCUCCUCCCGGGCCUGGCCGCAGACCUGAUCACAUGCCCCCCCCAGGGCGUAUGGUCCCCCGACCCAUGCCUGGCCCCGGCAGGCUAGGCCCCCCCGGCCCCCCGAUGGGUCUGGGCAGGGGCAUGGGACCCCCACCACCACGAGGAGGCAUGGGACCUAGAGGGCGAGGCGGCAUGCAGGGGAUGCUGCCCCCGCCCCCAAUGCCCAUGGGCCCGCCCUUCAGACCCCCUGGACCAGGCAUGAUGGGCCCCCCAAGACCCCCCAUGCGAGGCCGGGGCCGAGGGCGGGGCAUGGUGAGGGGCCGGGGGGUUGUCAGAGGAAGAGGAGGAGGAAUAGCCAUGAUAAAGAAUAAGGACAAGCAGGGAGAAAUGAACAAACCUUGGGUAACAGAAGGAAUGAAGAACGAAAUCAUCAAGAAACACAAACUUCACCAGAAGGCGAAGAAGACAAAGAGCAAAGAGGACUGGGAUGAGUUUAAGGAGCAGAGGAACAAGGUGACCACCAUGCUGCGGGAGGCCAAGCUAGAGUACAUAGGGGCACACCCAGAGGAGGAUGUGGAUAAAAUAUUGGCGGAAGCAGCCAUGCAAGGCAACAUUAAAGAUGAGGAAAAUAAAGGGGAGGCGUCAGCCACUAGUGAAGCUAAUGCGGAGAGUUCGGACGCCCCCGAGGGGGAGGGGGCAAAACCCCAGGCCAUGGACCAGGCAGAGGAGAACGGGGAGGAUGUAGAGGAUCAGAAAGAGUUAAACACCGAUGUACCAAUGGCUCCCCAGGCCCCAGAGAUAGUAGGGGAUGUUAAUUUGGAGAGCAAUGGGGACAGCCAAGCGGAUGAUGAUGCUAUAGCACCUGGUCAAUAGGCUCUGAGCCGUGACCACCACUCAGCCCACCCUGCCACUUGUGCUACUUUCUCAGUAGCUAAAAUUUACCUUAUAAAAAUGUAUUUUGAACCACUGUAAUCCUCCAUAAUAUUAGUUUAGAAAGUAACGUUAAAAGUAAAAAAAAAAAAAAAAAAAAAAAAAAAAAA